CCCAGCCAUGCCUCCCAGCGCGCUUCCCUUCCCCCGCCUCCCGGUCCUGCACCCUCCCCUCCCCUGCCCCUGCUUCCUGCCUUGUGACACAUCCCGGGCCCUCCCGGAGGCGGCAGCAGCAGCGGCUGCAGCGGCAGCAGCGGCAGCAGCAGUAGCCACCACUCCGCCGAGGCCGCAACCCCGGCUCGGCCUCCCCAGGCCCCGCCGCUGCCGCAGUCAUGGCUGCUGAUGGGGUGGACGAACGCUCGCCUCUGCUGUCAGCAUCCCACUCCGGAAAUGUCACUCCCACCGCCCCACCGUACUUGCAAGAAAGCAGCCCCAGAGCGGAGCUCCCACCUCCAUAUACAGCCAUUGCCAGUCCAGACGCCAGUGGUAUUCCAGUAAUAAACUGCCGUGUGUGCCAAUCACUAAUCAAUUUGGAUGGCAAGCUUCACCAGCAUGUGGUUAAGUGCACAGUUUGCAAUGAAGCUACGCCAAUCAAAAACCCCCCAACAGGGAAGAAAUAUGUUAGAUGCCCUUGUAAUUGUCUUCUCAUUUGUAAGGACACAUCUCGGCGAAUAGGAUGCCCAAGACCCAACUGUAGACGGAUAAUUAACCUUGGCCCAGUAAUGCUUAUUUCUGAAGAACAACCAGCUCAGCCUGCAUUGCCAAUCCAACCAGAAGGUACAAGGGUCGUGUGUGGGCACUGUGGAAACACAUUCCUGUGGAUGGAACUGAGGUUCAACACUCUGGCAAAAUGCCCACACUGCAAAAAAAUCUCCUCAGUGGGUAGUGCACUUCCACGAAGACGCUGCUGUGCAUACAUUACCAUUGGAAUGAUAUGUAUUUUCAUUGGAGUUGGGUUAACUGUUGGCACCCCAGAUUUUGCAAGGCGAUUUCGAGCAACCUAUGUUUCUUGGGCAAUUGCUUAUCUCCUAGGAUUGAUCUGCCUUAUCCGAGCUUGUUAUUGGGGAGCCAUAAGAGUCAGUUAUCCAGAACACAGUUUUGCAUAAGCUUGUUUAUGAUUCAGUAAUGCAGAGGAAAUUGAACUGCUGCUCCCACAGAUCUGAAAAAGUAGAUGCUGAGUAGGACAGGAAUCUGCAUUCAAAACAAUCACUCCCUCAUGAUUCUAUUGGAGAUUUUUCCUGGAUCACACCUGGAGAAGAAGAAACACUACUACACCAUGUAGAAAAUAGUAUUACAUGUUUAUAUCCACUUUGGCAUUUAUAUUUUCACAUACAGAAAAAUGCUGUGAUUUAUUUUAUUUUAUUUUUUUCCCAUAAGUUAUUGGGGUACAGGUGGUAUUUGGUUACAUGAGUAAGUUCUUUAGUGGUGAUUUAUGAGAUAUUGGUGCACCUUUUGUUUAGCUUUUGUUUAGUUUUGAUAUGGCUAUACCUGCACUCAUAUGCUAUGAUAAACCUCUACAGCCAUUUCCCUGUUUAUGAUCUGCAUAAAUUGCUAUAAAAUCUAAGUUUUCAUUUAUUCAAUGUAUGUUUCUGGUAUGCUCAUACAUAUAUAUGUAAUAAGUAAUGAAGACAAAAGCCCUAGUGUUUAUGUAGCCACCUUACGUAUGUUAACAUUUAGUCUGUCACAGUUAUUAUUCUACCAUUGAAGAGGCUAAGACAGAUUCAAUAAUUAAAGGUCACUUAGCUUAUAUGUGAGGAAGCCAGCUGGAAUCAGUCUGUCUGCUUCUGAAAUGUGUCUGCUUUCCACUACAUAAGGUUUUAUUGUUUCACUUUGUAGUGAAAAACUUUUGAUUUUUGUGCCCCCUGCUGUUCAUUGUCUGUAGGUCAUCUGAAGAAAGAGAAUUAUUAGAAAAUAUUUGCCCAAAAUAGUCAUUUCAAAAGCAUAGAAUAAUUUAAAAUUUUUAAUGAAUUUGAUAUUAUAUCCAACUACAUUAAUUUUAGAGCAUUUUGAUUUAUGUAGCAAAAUAUUAUUACGUGUAUUUUCUUUUUUAUAAUUAGCAUAAAAUUAUAGGAAGGCUAAGUAAAAAUAUUUUUUUCUUUCUUUCUUUUUUUUUUUUUUUGAAAAAAGGUCUCACUCUGUCAGCCAGGCUGGAGUGCAGAAGCAGAAUCUCAGGGCUGACUGCAGACUCAACCUCUCGAUCACUACAGUCUCGGUCUCUGGGACUCAAGAAGUCCUUCCACUUUGACCCCCUGAAUAACCGGGACUACAGGUGCACCACCAUGCCCGGAUAGUUUUUUUUUUUUUUUCUCUGUAGACAAGUGGCUUCGCCAUGUUGCCCAGGCUGGAAUGGAACUCCUGAGCUUAAGCGAUCCGCCUGCCUCGGCCUCCCAAAGUGCUGCUGGGAUUAAAGGCAUAUGCACCCAGUCAGAAGUGUUUUCUAUUAAAUAUGAGGAAAUUGACAUGCGAUGAGUUUUAAAUAACAUAAUUGUAUUUUCUUUUUCUUGUAAUGGCAAUAUUUAUGAAAAUGAUUUGUUAGCACAAAAUGCUAAUAAAAAUUUGUACAGGCUUUUAA